AUGGCUGCACCUCAGAGAGGAGAUCUGUCGGCACCCGAGAGGAAGAUCCUGCAAGUCAUUGCUGCAGGUGACGUACAGGAGGCUGCUCAGCUGCUCGCUAGCAAGGAAGUACGAGUCAACUGUUUGGACGAGUAUGGCAUGACUCCACUGAUGCAUGCAGCAUAUAAAGGCAAGGCAGAUAUGUGUCGUCUGCUGCUGCAGCAUGGGGCCGAUGUGAAUUGCAACCAACAUGAAUAUGGAUACACUGCUCUCAUGUUUGCCAGCCUGUCAGGGAAGACAGACAUCACCUCCAUGAUGCUGGAUGCAGGAGCAGAGACAGACCUGGUGAACUCUGUGGGUCGCACCGCUGCUCAGAUGGCAGCGUUUGUAGGCCAGCACGACUGUGUAACAGUGAUCAAUAACUUCUUCUCACGGGCAAGGCUGGAGUACUACACCAGACCACAGGGGCUGGAGAGGGAGCCCAAGCUGCCUCAAAGGCUGGCGGGGCCGCUGCACAAGAUCAUCAUGACCAGCAACCUCAACCCAGUCAAGAUAGUCAUGCUGGUGAAGGAGAACCCUGUGCUGGUGGACGUGGAAGCUCUGGAGAAGUGUUACCAGGUGAUGGACCUGCUGUGUGAGCAGUGUGUGAAGCAGCAAGACAUGAACGAGGUGCUGGCCAUGAAGAUGCACUACAUCAGCUGUGUGCUGCAGAAAUGCCUGGCAUUCCUGCAGAAACAAGACGACAAGCUAGAUGCACUUGUCAAGAGCCUGCUGAGGGGGAGGGACAGUGAUGGUUUCCCACAGUACCAGGAGAAGUUCAUUCGGGACUGCAUCAGGAAGUUUCCUUACUGUGAGGCCACACUGCUUCAGCAGCUGGUGAGGAGCAUUGCACCGGUAGAGAUUGGCAACAACCCGACAGCAUUCUCCGUGCUGACCCAGGCGCUGACAGGUCAGAUGACGUUUGUUGAUGCCGACUAUUGUGCUACAUGUGGGGAGAAGGGAGCAGACAAAAGAUGCUCCCUGUGUAAAGCAGUGACUUACUGCAACCUGACCUGCCAGAAGCUCCACUGGUUCACCCACAAAAAGAUGUGCAGGAUUCUGCAGGAGCAGAAUGCUGACCUGGAGAAGGACACUCCGAGGCUGAAAGAGUUGAAAGAUGAUGAGAGCGACCUGGUGCUGGAGACGGCCAACUUCCUGCAGGAGCUGUGUCUGCGGGCGGAGGAGAAGGUGGCUGCCGCUGGAGGCUGCCCUGCAGAGCUGCUCGCCUGUCCCUCCACUUCUACCGAGGGACCGUCCUGCACCCAAGACUGA